UAUUCGUCGCCAUGUUGGAUUUCUAAAUGGUAUCCUUUAUUGUUUUGAAUCUUUUGUUUAUUCCCAUAUGUUUUGUAAAUAAACUAAAAGGCUUUUGUACAUAUAAAAGAAUGAAAUCGUUGCACUAAAAUCAAACUUUUUUUUAUUGUUUAACUUGACCCAAGUUUUAAAUGGUAAUAUUAUUUGCUACAAGUAAUGGCAGCUUUCAGUCAUUGCAGUUUUGAAACACCAGAUCUAACACCAGAGCAGCAGAGAUUAUUGAUUGAAUUACGCAGGCAGAAGCAGGAACUUUUAUUAGAAAUUCAGCUGUAAUAAAAUAUCGAUUUUGGCACUCCGAAAAAUAAUAUUGCUAUUGCAGAUUCAUACCUUCUAUAAGUGAGAUUUAUAAUUAAAACUCUACGUGCGUAACUUAGUUCGAAGUUCAUAGAAUUCUACGAGGGAAAUUCACAAUAAGGGUGCAUAAUAUAUAUAAUUAUAAAUGUUAUAGAAAGUUAAAGUACUAUAUGAAAUUAUAAGGACAUGGUUUUUGUUUGUUAUUCAGUUAGUUAAAAAACUGUAAUUGGAAAUCAUAAGAAUAAAUAUUUGCUUUAUAAAUUAUAUUUAAUACAUAAAAUUGAAAACAGAAAAAGUAUGUCGAACUGGUUUUCAUCAUUACGUCGGCAACAAAGAAACAAGAAAUCUAUUGAUGCAAAAAAACUGCAAAAAAGUUGCAUUGAUUUGACAUCUAACAGCACAUUUUAUGCAGACAUACCGUUACCUAAACAUCAGAAUGACGAUAAACAUGUGAACAUUCCGGUUAAAAAUCUUUAUGGGAGUGCGAAGCCAAAAAUUCAAAGUGAAUUAAAAAACUCUGAUAAUAAUAAUUUUAAUACUAAUUGUGAUAAUAGCAGUUUAUGUAGCGAUAAGAAAAGUUUGCUAAGUGGCCGUAAUGUUCGGCAAUUGUGUUCAAAAUGCUGCUGUCGGUUUCAGAAACCGACGACGGGUUUGUUUAUUGUACCUAAUGACUAUAAUAGCAAAUCAGAACUCAAAAUAGAAACCGAUUGCAUUACAGACAUUAAAGUAACUAAGAUUCCCAGUCCUGAUGGAAGUAAAUUGGUUUAUAAUAAAAGAUCUGAAAUCAAAAAAACAACCACAACACUCGUCUCGCGAACGACAACAUUGAUGACGAACCGUUCUGGCUUUGUUUUCAAUGAAAAUGAAGACGUAAUAUCACAACAUUUUCGCAAAUUCCGAGCUAGUAGUUUGGGUUCCAUACUGGAUGAUAGCAGUUGUGAUAAUAGUAGUAAUAGUAGUAUUUCUCAUAUGGUUCAUAAUAUAAGUAAUUGCAAUAAUAACUGUGAUGAUAGUGAUAUAAGUGAUAAACCUAAAGCAAGGACCUUUUCGUCACUGCAAAACUCACCAUUAUUAGAAUGUAAUGACUUUUUGUUUAUUGAUGAAACAAAUACAAGUGGGGAAGAUAGUGUUAACCUUAAGCUAUUGAUUCAAAAUAAUAAUUACAACUACAAAAGAAAUAGCAUAAAUGAUGAUAAUAAUUUCUGUAUCGCGUGUAAGACGCCGAUAAAAGGAUCAAAAGCCUUCGAAUAUGAUUCAUUCAAUCACACUCAAAAUAUUCAAAAAACCUAUGUAUUCGACAAUAAUGGGAAGCAAAUCAAGGAUGAGUUGUGCGAAGUUGUAUCUGAAAUGGAGACAUUGGAUUCACAAGAAGGAUGUAAACAUUCCAACAAAGAUAAGCAAAUGUCAAUAGGUCGGAAAAAAUUCAACAUGGAUCCAAAAAAAGGUAUAGAGUAUCUAGUCGAUAACCACCUUCUAGUAAUGGAUCCACAAGAUGUUGCACACUUUUUGUAUAAAGGGGAAGGACUUAAUAAAACGGCUAUAGGAGACUACUUAGGUGAAAAAAAUGAUUUCAACGAACAGGUUCUAAAAGCUUUUGUCGAAUUACAUGAUUUCACUAAUUUGAUUUUGGUUCAGGCUCUAAGACAAUUUUUGUGGUCAUUUCGACUGCCUGGUGAAGCACAAAAAAUUGACCGCAUGAUGGAAUGUUUUGCUCAACGUUACUGUCAAUUAAAUCCAGAUAUUUUCACAAAUACGGAUACAUGUUAUGUACUUAGUUUUGCUAUUAUUAUGUUAAAUACAUCUCUACACAAUCCUUCAGUAAAAGAUAAACCAUCUGUGGAGCAAUUUAUAACAAUGAAUCGUGGCAUUAAUAAUGGUGGAGACUUACCAAGGAGUUUAUUAGAAUCCUUAUAUGAAUCUAUAAGAACAGAGCCAUUUAAAAUACCACAAGAUGAUGGAAAUGAUUUGAUGCACACUUUUUUCAAUCCAGAUAAGGAAGGGUGGUUAUGGAAACAAGGUGGAAGAUACAAAUCAUGGAAACGUAGAUGGUUUAUAUUAAACGAUAACUGCUUGUACUAUUUUGAAUACACUACGGAUAAGGAACCCCGAGGAAUUAUUCCACUAGAAAAUAUCUCGGUAAGGGAAAUUCAGGAUCGUAGUAAACCACAUUGUUUUGAAUUAUACGCCAGCGGAGGUGCUGAUAUCAUUAAAGCUUGUAAGACUGAUUCAGAAGGAAAGGUUGUUGAAGGAAAACAUACUGUUUAUCGCAUGUCAGCGGCUACAGAAGAGGAUAAACUGGAAUGGAUAAAACGUUUAACGCAAUCGAUUAGCCAUAAUCCUUUUUAUGAUAUUUUAGUACAAAGAAAGAAAAAAGCUUUAGCGAAAAGUUAGUACUAAAACAGCGAUGCAAAAUGCAGUUGACACCAGCUAUUCUGGAAAAAUUUAUUAAUUGCUACAAAGGCAAAAUAAUUAAAAUAAAUAAGGAAAAAGGAUUUUCAAAAAUUUAACCCAUAAUGGAAAUAUUUAAAAAACGAUUUUGGAAUAUUGGAUUUCUCUUUAUCGUUAGAAUUAUUAAUUCUUUUUAAAACUUUUUUAUACACAUACAAUGUCUUAAACUUUUUAAAAACAUAAAGUUUCGACUCCGAAUAAAAAUUAAACUGAUUUAGAAAUUGCAACAAGAAGGAAAAGGAUAGAAAGCUUAAAAGAUAAUUAAUUAUAAAGAUUCGUGAAGUUUACUAAAUUUUAGAAUUGAAAUAGAAGAUUUAUUUCUAGUUAUGUUUUUUGUUUAUAUGUUUUUGGUGUUUGACUACACGAAAAGCAAGAUAUAUAUUCUGAUUAACUUUUCAUUUAAAAAUUUUUAGUCAUAUUAUAUUUUGUUAUUAUAUGUUUCAUAAACAUACAUAUAUUCAAAAUUAAUAAAUGAUUGAACAGGGGCGAGCUAAUAAAAAUAAUUUUUUUCAUAUAAAAAAUUUGAAUUUAACGACAUACACUAUAUCAUGAAUAUUCUAUGGUAACAAUAUACUAAAGAUUCAAAUUUUUUAUUACUCUCAUUAAUACAAUACAAAAAUGAAUUGGUUUCCUAAUGCGGAACUUAUUCUAUGAUAUCACAUUAAAAAUUAUUUGCUAACUUGUAUGCACAUCUGUAAAUCAAAUUAGGUUUUGAACAUAUUACUUGUUUGAAAAAAAUCCAAUACAUCUAUGUAUUUUGCUUCUAAUUAAUUUUACUUAAAGUUCUAAUUUCUUAAAAUAAUUGGUAAAUUGCUCUGGAAAAUAUAUUGUUGCAUUUAAAAAAACAGAUUGCAAAAUUUAGCGUAUCCAACCUUUUUUGUCUUCCAAAAGUAAAAAUACCGAAUUAUAGAGAAAAUUUUGUAUAGACUUUAAAUUUAUGUUUUGGAAACCUUUUUUGAAUAAUUGCAAAUAAAUUUAUGCAAAUUGAAAUAAAUUUUAUAUAAUAAUAAUAUUACAAGACGAUUUUAUAUAAAAAUUUAUAAAAUUUGUAUGCAUUGUUAUAAUUUGGAUAAGAUUGGAGUUGAAAUAAACAGACUACAAUUUACUGAGCGUAAAUUAUUUUCCAAAGAAACAAGCUACCUAAUUUAAAGAGAAUGAUUGUAUUGCAAUAAAGUCUAAUAUUUUAAAAUUCUGAAAGCCUAAAUAACAUUUUGCAAUGAAGACUUGCAGGUAUUCCAAGGAAAUAUUUAACAGUAUCAAAUUUGAAAUCGGGCACAAUCAAUAUUUUUCUCAUAAAUUGAAUUUAAUAAAAUUUUUAAUGAAAAGUAAAACGGAUGCAGGAUUCAGUAUACAUACAGUGACAUUUUAAUAAAAUUAUCGGCUUCAAAUUACAGGGGCUCCCUAUGCGACAAUCUAUAGAAAAACCAAAAUAAAAUUUCUUACAAAUGUUUUCUCUAUAAUUCAAUAUCUUUCUAUAUGGAAACCAAAAAAGUUUGAAACACUACAUUUUACAAUUUUUUAGUUAUUUUCAGUUUUUUUUGCAUUGUUUGAAUAGAUUUGAGUUAUAAUCAAAGCUCGUUAUUGGUUACUAAUAUAAUAUUUUAGGCAGAGUAUUUUCAAUUCUAUUUAAAGUUUGGUUUUACAGUAAUUGUUGUAAAUUAAAUUCUUUAUUUUUCAGUUACCCAUAACGUUGUGAUACAAAUUUUUUUUAAUAGGUACCCUUUAUUUAAAAUUAUUGUAUAAUAUAUUACUAUUUCAAUUUUUAGUAUAUAUAAUUAUGUAUACAAGUAUUAUUAAGUAAAUUGAUUGUUUUUUAAGUUAAUAUAAUUUAGUUUUAGUCAAUUUUUUGUCGUAUUUAUUGUAUAUACAUAUCUACAUUCAUUUAAGCAAAAUGGCUGCAAAAUUAUUUGAUAUUCAAGUAUAAUACUAUUUUACAACUUUCUAUUACUUGCAUAGUUUCAGCUCUAUCAUGAAUUGAGUUCGCAGCUCUUAAAUUCGGAAAUUAUGAAUAUUAUAUUCCCAGUUACGAAUUACUGCUUGGAAUGUUCAUAAUAGAGGAGUCAUAAAUUACGUUCGUAGAAAAAGCGCCCUUAAAAGUCUACGAAAGAAACAAUCACAUGUUAUUUUAAGGAAAUGUUUGUACCAAAUUUUUAUGUUUUGAAUACUUUUAUUUGAGUUUGAAUUACUUUAACAGAGUUACUAUGAAUGAAAAUAAAUUCAUAUUUGCUAAAAAAUUUUUCCUUUUACUUUUCAUAAAUAUUUAAAAACAAAACUACAAAACUUUGUAUAAAAGUUAUUUACUAAAAUAGCAACCAAAAAAUUUAAAUUAACAUUUGGCAGUUGAAAUAAAAUACUGACGUUGACACUCUGAAAAAUGGCCCCGCCACUAAUGAUCAAUAAUCUUUACGAAGGAAUUUAUGAUCAUUCAAAAGUCUACGAGCGGAAUUCAUGAUAGGGCUGUAUACGUUAUCAUGAAAGUUUUGCAAUUAUUGAAGUAUUUAUGUAGAAAUGUAAUUUAUCGAAUUUUGUUCUAAAAAAGCCUUUAUAAUUGGGUGCAAAAUAUAUUUUAUCAUGUUCAAUGUUAUAACAACCAGAAAAAUCAUGUUUAAAAGAUAAUUUUUGUCAAAUAAAUAGUGCCAAAUUGAUUGGAAAAUGUUUCGUAUGUGCAUAUCAAUGCUUCAUCUUUGAUAUUUUCUUUCAAGCCUACUACAUAUUUUUUAAAUGAAUUUUAAAUCUUUAUAUACAUAUGAAUGUAUGUAUCAACUGGAGGCUGAAAUGUUUUUCCUUUUUCGUAUAUUUGAUUAAUUUGUUCUGUUUUUAGAAUUUAAAUAAAAAUCAUUCUAAUUUAUUUUUUCUAAUUAUUUUUUCUAAUUUAUUAAAAUAAAUAAAAAAUAUAAUGAUAAAUAAAUAUAAUAAAAAAAAUGAUAGAAGUCUUAUUUCAAAGCAACUUAGUUAAAUAUUUUGUUUACGUUUAAAUUAAUUUAUGUAAGUUAAAAAUUGUAAAUUUAAUUACAUAAAUAUUUAGUCGCAAGGACAAUAUUUUAUUAUUGCGUUGGCUUUGUGGAUUCUAAAAUUAUAUAAGUUAAUUAAAUAAAAUUCAAAUAUGUAAUAAUAAUAAAAGUUUUACAUUUAGCAAAUAAUUCAUUUUGUUUUUUAUUUCAUAUUUUCUGGAAAAUUUUGAUUUUUGCAAAAAAAAAAAACACCACUGUUACAAGUAUCAUAAUGUCUUUAUAUCUAACAAGUCCCAAUAAUCAAUUUUUUUUACGAAAUAUUACGAAUUUUUGGCUUUUUUCUUUAAAUGCCACUGAUCGUGUCAUAUUUUUUAUUAUUUUUUUCUUUUUUUUUAAGUAAAAAAGAGAUUAAUAUUUAAAAAAUCUCAGGAUAUUAUACACAUUUUUUAAAAAGCUUCCCAUUUAAAUUCUAUUGCACGAAAAAGAAAGAAAGGUAGGAGGAAAGAAAAAAUGAAAAAAAAUUUCAAAUUCAUAUUUCAAUAUGGUUUCAAAUGUUAAUGAGGAAGGAUGUAUGAUUUUUUAUGCACAUUUUGUAUUUCCCAAUAAGGUAAGUUGAGUAGUGUCGGCUAACAAAAAUGUUAUUAAAAGUAAUAUAGGUUGACACAUUUCAACAAUUUGAAUUAUCUCAUUUCGGUUAUUUAUACGUUACUUAUAAAAUUGCUUCAAAUAAUUUCAGUUAGUUUUUAAGUUAUUAAAAAUAAAUAUGUAUGUACCUACUUACAAUAAAUUUUUUUUUAAAUAAUUAUUUAAAAACUAUUUCAAACAUGUUAUAUUGAGUGCUUCAAAAAUUUUGCUGUGCUCUUUUUUCAUAUUUUAUUAUCAGGUAAACAAGAGCAAUCUAUUUAUAAAAUGUCCCUGCAUGUGUAUGUAUGACCUAUCUUAAUUCUAAACGGAAAGAAUUUUAAAAUACCUGAACAAAAAUUUUAAAAUACCUGUUAUUUUUUUUACAGUCGGAAUGACGUUUGAGUCAUUUGGUAAAAUACCAUUUAUUUCAAAAAUAAAAAAAUAUUCAAAUCCGGUCAUAAAAAUAUAUGAUUGUUUUUUCCAAACAUUUUAAAUAUUUUUUUUUCUUAGGUAAUUGAUAUAAAUGAUAGUAAGUUUUUAAUAUUUUUUCAAAUAAAAAUAGAGGUAAAAUUUUGAAGUUUAUAUAAAAUUUGUACAUAUUUAACAAAUAAUAUUUGAUUGUAUUUUAGAUAUUAUUUUCUAAUUCCCUCUUCAAAUUUUUUCUUUACUAUGUAUUUAUAUAAAUAUUUAAGAAUUAUCUUUCAUUAAUUAUAUUUUCAACUUGACACCACAGUUACUCCCCAUAUCUUGAGUUAACUUACCCUAGGAGAAGCUGUUCAUUUAAAAAUAAUGAGCCUUAUUCUAGUUGUCGCGUCACUUACGUGACAUUUGUCGUUGUCGCUGUCACAUCACUUGAAAUGUGGUAUUCUAGUUGUCGAGUGACGUGACUGCGAGAAAUAAACGAAAAUGAAACGUUUCAAGUGAAAUUGAUACAUUUUAAAAAGAAAUUUUGGCGAGUAAAGUUCAAACUAAAAAAAAAAUUCGGUGUAUAUAUUUUUAAUCCGAGGGAAAUAAAAAAUGUCGUCAUUUGCAUUAUGGUUUAUGGAUUCAUCAGACUCCGAGAGUAAUGAAAUUGAAAAAAAAAAACAACAAUUAAGGAUCAAAAGAUUUAAGAUU